UCAGUGUGUUGUUGGGCAGUAGCUCAGGUGUGUCGCGAGCUGUCAGAUAAGGACUGAAAGAGGGCAACUGUAUUGUGUGCAUUAUACUAUCAGCUGACUAUAGAGAAGUACGGUUCGGAUUAUACGUACAGUGAACUGCCGCAUGAACAGCUGACUGUAUAUCUUGCAAGGUGGACCGAUAGAACGUGGGCCGCAUAUGAGAAUCGAAAGAUGAGAAUCCUGCGAAAAUGUCAAGGGAUGCAGUGCACGAUAAAUAUCUGGGAUGAGGAAUAUAUUGGGAGGCUGUGACGUGACAGUGGUUACGAAAACAACCCUUUGUCUUCAAACAGAACAGUUUACAAGUUCUGUAAAAUGUUGUUUGAUAGGUAGUAAUUAAUGAAAGUUUUGUAGCAACAUUGUUGGCAGGUUGUUGGCAGCUUCUUUGGCAGGCUACAUUAUAAUUAUAAAAGUACGAUUUUUAAACACUUAUUGAUAAACAAUGAAUCUGAUCACAAUAAUUUAUAUGGUGAUGUCAAAUAAGUGAGUAUAAAAGUACAUAGAAAUUAUAGAAAAUGUAAUGUACAUUGCAAAAGGUGUUGACCCCGGAACUGCAUGGAAACAAUGAUGGACAGAAAGUAAGGUUGGUAAAGUGAAAAACUCUUGAACAAUGGGGUUCUGUGGAAGCAAGGAAGAUGCAAUGAGCGUCAAAAAGGGCGUUCUUCUGAACACCUGCUUUGUUGAUGUUCUGAACAUGAUUCCGCACGCUCUUCUUGCUCUCAUAUGUAUCUUUAUCCUAACCGUAUGGAACCAUUCUGUAAUGGGGAAGAUCAAAGUGAAAACAUGGGUCCACUUCCCUGGGCACAAUCUUCGCUGGAUUUCAACGCUCGCUCUUAUAAUCGUCAACAUUGUACAGAUUGCCGAGGGAGUGAUUUCUGACUCCAAUGAUCCUGACACGGUGAACUACCAUACAUUCAUCCCUCAGUGUGUUACUACAGUGGGGACCAUCGUCAGCAUCACUUACUACCACAAUGUGGAGAUGUGGAAUUCCCCCAAGUUUCUGUUGGUGUUGAUAGUGUAUUGGCCAAGUGCAAUCAUUCUCAAAGUUUUGAAAGCGUUUUCACUUUACAAAAACAACCUGACAUUAGACUAUCUAAAACCUUGGUUGCUGUGGAUGGCUAUCACGGCAUAUCUCAUCAUCUUCAUUGUGGAGUUGAACUUGCUGCGAGUACAGAGGUACUACUUCUUCAAACGUCCACGACUACAACAGCCCCCAGAGGACCUAGAGCACACCCGGUACGCCCACUCGUACGUCAACUUCCUGUCCAAGGCAGUAUUCUGGUGGGUGACCGACCUCAUGGUGGAAGGCUACAAACAUCCGCUGCAGUUUGAAGAUCUGGGACGGGUGCCAGAGAGCGAACAGGCACAAACCCAGUUUAAGAAAUUACAGUUUGCAUUUGAGGAAGAAAAGUUCAAGGCCACACAGAAAGGAUGUCAGCCAUCACUGUUCAAGACCUACCUACAAGCCUUCUGGCCUAUGCUGUUGCUGGCAGCCCUGUAUCGCUUCCUCGGAGACUCACUGUCGUUCGUCGGCCCAGUCAUCAUUCAGUACAUCGUGGACUAUGCCUAUGAUAUCACAGACCCUGAGUACCACAGCAGGAACAGGACGGCUAUACAUUAUGUCAAAGUGGACCAGUUUGUGUGGAACGGAUAUGUUCUGGCGGUUGUUCUGUUCCUGGCUACGGUGUUGCAGCAUACUCUGCUUCAAAACCACAACUACCUCGUCUACAGGGAGGGCAUCCGACUCCGGACUGCCAUACAGACUCUGGUGUAUGACAAAGCACUGAGACUGUCGUCCAUGGUGCUCAGUCAGGGCAAGAUGACCAUCGGUCAGAUCAUGAACCACAUGAUAGUCGACUCCAUGUUCCUCAUGCACAUGUUCUUCUUCAUCCACUACAUCUGGGCUAUACCAUUCCAGGUGUUUGUGACUAUUAUCCUGCUGUAUUUCCGGAUGGGCUGGAGCGCUGUGAUCGGUGGAAUGUUCGUCGUCUUGUGUGGCCCACUCAUCUACAUCGUCGGUGUCAUCAUGUCACGACUCCAGAAAAAGCUGUUGGUUCAGUCGGACGGACGGGUGAAGAACGUGAACGAGCUGAUGCAGGGAAUCAAGUCCAUCAAGCUGCUGGCAUGGGAGGACGUCUUCACUCGCAGAGUCACAGAAUCCAGACAGAAGGAGCUGCACCACCUCUUCCCUCUGCUUGUCAUCAGGGCACUCAUUGGAUUUCUUGGAAUGGCUGCUCCAGCUGUGGGUGCAAUAUUGACAUUCAUCCUUUACCCCUACAUGGAGACGGAGCCCCUGACGGCUGGUCGCACCUUCUCGACGCUCGCUCUCUUCAACAUGCUGUCCACUCCGCUCCAGCUUCUCACCAUAUUUGCUGCAUCAUUCGCCAAUGCCAAGGUCAGUGGUGCCCGGCUUGUGCCAUACCUGCUGUCACAGGAAGUAGAGGGCGCUCACAUCACUGGCAACAACAAGACGAAGACACACAACGUUGGCAUAGACACUGCAGAGGAGGAGGCUAAGCAGGACUCGAUGGUGCAGUAUGAUGCCCAGACAGGGUUACCCCUGACGACCCUGACGAAGGACGAGGCGUUCUGCAGCAGCCAGAGUUCCCUGGGUAGUCACAUCUCACACACCCCAGGACACAGCAGGCAGAACAGCGGAGCAUCCUUGAUGGAUAUAUUCGAUAACAAGCGUCUCAGCCUCACACACAACUCCAGCUCAGACUACUUGGAUGUUAAACCACUGGCGCUGGUACGCAAGACAAGCUCGCCACUCAUAGGUUCCCACGCGGAAAACACUGCUGAUCGCAGAAGGAAGCGGAAUCACAGUGGGUUUUCCACAGAGGACGAGGAUGAUAUUGCUGAUGAAUGCCUAUUGAUUGAGCUCCGCACGGUGUUAGAAAUAUCCCAGGCUAACUUCAGCUGGGAGCUGGAGAACCGCACGGCCCUCUCCCUGAAGAACAUCAGUCUGAAGAUCCCAACAGGGAAGUUAACGAUGAUCGUUGGACCCGUCGGGUCAGGGAAGUCGUCUCUGAUUUCGGCCAUGCUGGGAGAAAUGGUCACCACAUCGGGCAUAGUAGAAUGGUCCAGAGACACAGGGAUAUCAUAUGCUGCACAGAGGGCAUGGCUGCUUAAUGCAUCUGUCAGAGACAAUAUCUUGUUUGGAAACCCUUUCAUCUGGAGAAGAUACAAGAAGGUGUUGUCAGCCUGUGCCCUCCAACAAGACAUGGACACCCUCGUAGCUGGAGACCUUACAGAGGUCGGGGAGAAGGGCGUGACCUUGAGUGGAGGUCAGAAGCAGAGGGUGUGUCUUGCUAGGGCUAUCUACUCAGAUGCAGACGCUGUCAUCCUGGACGACCCAUUCUCGGCGCUGGAUGCUCAUGUGGGCCGCCAUGUGUUUGAGGAGGCAAUACAACGACGCUUGUUGCGGAGGAAGCGAUCUGUGAUCCUUGUUACACACCAGUUGCAGUAUAUUGGACAAGCCAGUCAGGUGAUCGUGAUGAAGGAGGGUGAGAUUGUAUACCAAGGCCGGCCAGGAGACGUCAAGAAGUAUGACCAGGAUCUCUACGACUCCUGGAAGAAGGCCUUAAAAGAUGCCAAGCCUGCAGACUUGAAAUUGUCGAAGGAGUCUGACUUGGAGGGAGACAGAAGACAAAGCCUGACUGAGAGACCCCCAUCUGUCCAGUCCAACCUCAGUCUGGCCGUGUUCAGUCGUCAGAUCUCACGGUCACAGAUGUCAGUGAUGACGGAGGCCAGCAACGAAGACAGGAAUGACGAGUUCGAUGGAGAGAAGACGAAGCAAGAGGAGAUGCAGGAGGAGUCCGGGAAGCUGAUCAAGAAGGAACACAAGGAGGAAGGUGUAGUGAUGGGGCUGGUGUACAUGUAUUACUUCCGAGCGUGCUGUAUGGCGCUGUGCGUCGUCACGCUGCUGCUGCAGCUCCUCCACCACAGCCUCAUGGUGUCCGCCAACUUCUCCCUGUCCAUCUGGUCCAGCCAGGCCAACAGGUUCCAGCAGAAUCUCACACACCACCCUCCACCUCCCAACUCUACAGUGCCGGUAUUCGACAGUACUCCACAUGUGAAGCUGUAUGCAGCCCUGUCGCUGUCGGCUGUGGCAGGGGCGAUGCUGGCGUCCCUCAUUCUGUACUUCACAGGGCUACAAGGGGCGAGGACACUCUUCAAGAACAUGCUCAGCAAUGUCAUUCAAGUCAACAUGAGAUUCUUCGACACAAAUCCCAGUGGACGAGUGUUGAACAGGUUCACCUCCGAUGUGGCAGCUGUUGACCAGAAAUUAGCAGCCAGUUUUGAGAGUUCUUUACGAUGUCUCCUGUACACGUUCUCAGCCAUUGUGGUGAACAGCAUUGCAACACCCUUCUUCCUCCUCGCAGCUCUUCCUCUGGUUCUCCUGUACUACUUCCUCCAGAGGUUCUUUAGGAACACCUCCAGGGAGUUGCAGCGUCUCGACAGUGUCACCAAAUCUCCUGUGUAUGCUCACUUCGGGGAGACGCUUGGUGGACUGCAGACCAUCAGGGCAUACAGGUGUCAAGUUGCAUUCCGGAGGAAAGCAUUCGCAAUCAUCGACUCUAACGUAGCCCCCUUCUUGUACAUUCACACCAUCAACAGGUGGCUGGGAAUAAGGCUGGAUUACCUGGGCUGCCUCCUGGUGUUCCUGGCAGCCAUUGCCAGUCUGAGUGCUGGAGCUCUGGGCAGUACAAACCCUGCCUUCAUUGGGCUCUGCAUUAUGUAUGCCCUCAUGAUCUCGGCUCUGCUCAACUGGUUGGUGCGGAUGACGGCAGAGGUGGAGAUGAACAUGAAUGCUGUUGAGAGGAUAAGGGAAUACACACUGCUUACAUCAGAGUUCCAGAAACACAAGGAUGGUAAUAUCCAGGUGUCUGAGUCAUGGCCCGAACAGGGUGCGGUUGAGUUUGACGAGGUCAGUUUGAGGUAUGACAGUCACCUUGAUGACGUUGUCAGUGAUGUCACAUUCUCCAUCAAAGCUGGAGAAAAGAUCGGGAUCUGUGGUCGAACGGGCAGUGGCAAGACAUCCCUCAGUCUGGCACUCUUCCGUAUGCUGGAACUAUCAUCAGGGGAGAUAACUAUUGAUGGUCACAAUAUUGCCCGUGUUGACCUUGCUGUAUUGAGGUCAAGGCUGUCUAUCAUUCCUCAGGACCCUGUUUUGUUUAAUGGCUCAGUGAGGUUCAACCUUGACCCAAGUGGGGUGAAGUCUGAUGAGUCUCUGUGGGCAGCACUGGACACAGUACACCUUCGGGAAACAGUAGCAGGACUUCCAGGAACUCUUGAGGCUCAGGUGUCAGAAGGGGGCGACAACUUCAGCAUGGGGCAACGUCAGCUACUGUGUCUCGCUCGAGCAUUCCUACGAGACUCACGUGUCAUCAUCCUGGAUGAGGCCACGGCAUCAAUAGAUGUGGAUACUGACGCCAAGCUGCAGGAGAUUGUACAUGAGGACGGCUUCAAGGACAAGACCAUCCUUACCAUUGCACAUCGAAUGGCAACUAUUGCUUGUUAUGACAGAGUUAUGGUCCUUGAUCAAGGUAGACUGGUUGAGUUCGAUAAACCAGAUGUACUCAAGAAACAAGAAGACAGCUUUUAUGCCUCCCUUGUGAACCAAACUAACAAGUAACCAUGGCAACAUCAUUUGGUCUCCAUAGCAACAGAGGCAUCAGCUUCAUGAGAAUACAAUGAAUGAUGUCUGAAUUCAUUAGAAAUCCAUCCACC